AAAACCCCAAGGACAAGCCCCAAACCCCCAAAUAACAAAAAAAAGCCCCCAAAGAAAAAAUUUGAACUGGUUGGGGAAACCCAAAAAGAAAAAAAAAAACCCUUUUCCUCCGGAAAAAAAAUUUCAAAGAAAAAGGAAUUAAAAUUUUUUUUUUCCCAUUUGUGUUCUUUCCAAAGCCACCACCUAGAUUUCUAUCUAUAUUUCUAUUCAUAGUAGAGUAUUAUGGUUGUGUUUUCAAACUUAGAGGAAUUGCAAUUGUUCUCAAUUAUGGUUGAUAAUACCAUAUGGUACAAUUCAAUGACAUCUUGUAUCGAGACAUCUUGUAUCAAGAAACUGACAAAGUUGAUCAUUCAUGGCUGUGACAAUUUGGAAUACCUAUUCCCAUCUUCUAUAGCAAUAGGAUUGUUGAAGCUUAGACACCUGCAAGUAAAGAAAUGCCAAAGGAUGAGAGAGAUUGUUGUGGCUAAUGGUGAUGAAGAAAAUGAAAAUUUGAUUUUUCCUCAAUUGACUUUUCUGGUGAUAGAGGAUCUUCAAAACCUUGUCAGCUUCUAUGUAGGAAAUUGUAUUGUGGAAUUCUCAUCCUUAAAACAACUACGAAUAUCGAACUGCAUAAGUUUUGAGAGAUUCAUUACAAGUUUUGCAAGUGCAAAUGUCAGGUACAACGCACCAUUAGGUCCAUUAGCCUUCAAGGAAAAGGUUGUGUUUUCAAACUUAGAAGAAUUGCAAUUGUCCUCAAUUAUAAUUGUUAAUAUCAUAUGGAACAAUUUGAUGACAUCUGGUUUCAAGAACCUGACAAAGUUGAUCAUUCAUGGUUGUGACAAUUUGGAAUACCUAUUCUCAUCUUUUAUGGUAACAGAUUUGUUAAAGCUUAGACACCUACAAGUAAAGAAAUGCCAAAGGAUGAGCAAGAUUAUUGUGGCUAAUGCUAAGGUAGAAGAACAAAUGUUGAUUUUUCCUCAAUUGACUUUUCUGGUUCUAGAAGACCUUCAAAACCUUAUCAGCUUCAACGCAGGAAAUUAUACUACUGUGGAGUUUUCAUCCUUAAAACAGUUACGAAUAUUGAACUGCAUAAAUUUUGAGGGAUUCAUUAAAUUUUUUCCAUGUACGAAUGUCACAUACGACACACCAUCAUUCUUCUGGAAAAAGAUUGGGUUUUCAUCAAACCUAGAGGAGUUGCAAUUGUGCUCAAUUGGGAAUAUUGACACCAUAUGGCACACUUCGAUGAUAUCUUGUUUUGAGAAACUGAAGAAAUUAAUUAUUCAUGACUGUAAAAAUUUGAAAUACCUAUUCUCAUCUUCGGUUGCAUCGGAUUCAGAAGGGAUGAUCCAACUCCUCCUUCCAAAACUAAAGAGGUUAGAAUUGGGAGAUUUGCCCCAGUUGAAGAGCAUCUGUUGGGAGAGGGCAGCAAUGGUAUGUGAUUCUCUUGAAUGGAUUAUAAUUCGGAAUUGCUAUAGCCUAAGAAGGUUCCCUCUUUAUCUUCCCCAACUUGAAAAUGGACAACCAUCUCCUCCUCCUUCCCUCAAACAAAUCGUAGUAUGGCCACAAGAAUGGUGGAAAUCUUUAAAGUGGGACCAUCCUAAUGCAGAGCGUGUCCUUCUACAAUUCUGUGAAAGAUAUCAUUCGUUUCCUUCCAAAUUAGUAGAAGGGCGUAUUAAAAGGUUAGAGUUGACCGAUAUUGAUGUAGAGAAUACUUGGGUGCCACCAUCCGUACAAGAAUUAUUUCUUAAUGGAUGCAACUACUUAAGAAGCUUAAAUGAUAUCUCUUCCACUAAAUAUGCAGAAGAAUUGAAGUGCUGUAGGAUUCGGGACUGCAAUGGUGUGAAGUUUGUUUUUUCCUCGUCCAUAAAUCUACUGGCCCAAAAGCUUGAGGCUCUGGAUCUUUUUAGUUUGGAAAACUUGGAAGCCCUUUUUGAAGCAGAGGCAAUUACCAAGUCACCACUACCACCUGACACUUUUUCAUCUCUUAAAACAAUAAGCGUUUGGCACUGUAAUAAAAUAAAGACGUUGUUCCCCUUUUGGAUGAAUCUCCAGAGUCUAGAAGAAAUUCACAUUGGAUGUUGCGAUCAGAUGGAAGAAAUAAUAGUAUGGGAUGCAGAAGAAGCAGGAGGAGAAAAAGAAGGGGUCAUUCUUCCAAAAUUAGAAAGUUUGAAAUUGAAAGAAUUGCCCGCAUUGAAGAGCAUCUGUAGCAGGAGGGCAGUAAUGGUAUGUGAUUCUGUUGAAGAGAUUCAGAUUGAGAAUUGCCAGGGCCUUAGGAGGAUCCCUCUGUAUCUUCCCCUGCUUGAUGACGGACAACCAUCUCCUCCUCCUUUCCUCAAACAAAUCAAUGUAUUGCCACAAAAAUGGGGGGAAUCGUGGUGGGAAUCGUUGGAGUGGGACCAUCCCGAUGCAAAGGCUGUCCUUCUACGCUUCCGUAACUUCGAUUGGUGACAUUGAUGAAGAAGAUGAAGAAGAAAUCGCCAAUUGUGACUCUGCAACAGUUCAUCUACGCCAUGGCUCAUCUAAUCGAUGUGGAAAAGGAACCUGAGAUAUCCCCCUCUAUCUCUUCAGGGGCAUCAAGGAAUUUGGAUACUUCUCAAAAGAGGGGCUCCGCAAUUCUCAAUUUGUAGUGCAUUGUGAGUUGUAUCAUUUUCUGUAACUGUUUGGCACCCAUGAUGUAGUUGUAUUAAAACCAAACAUGGCUGAUUCAGGAGCUCUUGGACGAGGUGUAGUUUACUGGCUAAAGGAUUCCUUAAUCACCGUUGCUUUUGAUAACAUCCCAAAAGAAGAUUUAAUCAGUCCCUUCCCUCUAGAAAAUGUGUCAAACUAGGUUUGCUAUUAAAAUUCUUCAACAGCUUCUCUGCUUCUCAUGGUGGCUUUAAUUGUUGUACACACCUCUUCACAAGCCUUAAUGUAAUGGAACUAGUAUAGAAUUCUCAGUGGGACACUUUCUUGAUAUUGAUUUUGUAAUCAAUUUUAUUACUAUGU